CGGGUAGCAACAAUGUGGAGGAAGGCCCUGUUUUCUUCUUCCAAUCUAGCCCAUGUACUGCAAGCCCAAAAAUGAGAGCCUGGAAAAAAGAGGCGCGUGAGCGCAAAUCUGUUCCAUCUCACUUUAAAUCAGCAGUCCAGAGGAUGAAGAGGAAAGAUGAUAAAGUGCAGGAAGAUGACCUUGAGUUGGGGGGCUAUGAGAAGCGUAGCAAAGGCGAGGGUGGUGAUGGUAAUCCAGUUAUUUUAUCGGCAGUUCGGAGCCUCAUCGAACUGGUGGGGUUGAAGAAGCCUGCAGUAGUGUUCUUGUGUGAGACAUUACUGGAUAGAAGAGGUAUGGAUCGUAUUCGUCAGAGGUUGAGGUUUCACAAUUGUUUUACUGUAGACAAGAUUGGACGCAGUGGAGGCUUGGCUAUGCUGUGGACUUCUGAGGUGUCACUAUCCUUGUUAUCUUACUCUACCAACCAUAUUGAUAUGGAGGUUGAAGGUAUGGGGGGGUGCAAAUGGCGGCUUACUGGUUAUUAUGGUUGUCCUGAACGACAUCGUAGAAGAAGGUCAUGGGCUUUACUACAAUGGCUCCUUGCGGGGUUUAACGAUGCCAUUGAAGCUUGCAGUUUAACGGAGUUACGGAUGGUAGGAGGUUCCUUCACUUGGCAGCGAGGAGAGAUCCGUGAGAAGCUGGAUAGGGGUUUGGCAACUACCUAUUGGCAUGAUACUUUCCCUCAUGCUCUAGUCCAAUUACUUCCCCCUCUAGCCUCUGAUCAUAAGCCUUUGUGGAUCAAUAUUGAUGGGCGACGGGAUAGGAGAAACAGGCAUCGCAAAAGGUUUAGGUUUGAGGAGAUGUGGCUGCGUGAUAAUAGAUGCCAAGAGGUGGUUCAGGCUAGUUGGAAAUCCAUUGAGGGGACAGGUGAUUGGGGUUGUCUACUGCACAAAAUGAGAGUAUGCUCUAAUGACUUGCUGCAGUGGAAUCGUGUCCAGUUUGGGCACGUCCAGAAACAUUUGAAGCAGUGCAUGAAGGAGCUCGAGAGGCUCAAUCACCAUCAGGAUCCUGCUCUAGUUGCGAGAGAGGAACGUCGUGUGCUUAAUGAACUUGAGGAAUGGCUGGAAAGGGAAGAGAUAAUGUGGCGGCAACGCUCUCGCGAUAUCUGGAUUCAAGAGGGGGAUAGGAACACCCGUUUUUUCCACAGAAGAGCUACUAAGCGUAAGGAUCGUAACAGGGUGGAGAAGCUAAUGAAGGAUACGGGAGAGUGGACAUCUAGUUUUGGCGAGGUUAAAGUAGUUGUUGUAGAGUACUUCGCCCACCUCUUCACAUCAACAGAUCCUACGAACCUAGCUCUAGUGACAAAUUGCUUAAGACCUUGUGUGCAAGAUGGGGACAAUUCUUUCCUACUGCAUGAGUUCACUGAGGCGGAGGUUACGAAGGCUUUGUUCCAAAUGCACCCGUCUAAGUCGCCUGGUCCGGAUGGUCUCUCCCCAAUUUUCUUUCAACGCUUUUGGGCCUCAGUGAAGGAUGACAUCGUUCAGCCAUGUUUGCAGUAUCUGAACCAAGGAAUUCCCUUUCCGGAUGAGCUAAAUCUCACUAAUAUUGUGCUAAUCCCAAAGUGUCAUGAGCCAAAAGCAAUGGGGGAUCUAAGACCUAUAAGCCUGUGCAAUGUUAUCUAUCGAGUUCUUGCAAAAGUAUUGGCAAACAGAUUCAAGCAGGUGUUACCGGGAGUUAUCUCACAGGAGCAGAGUGCCUUUCUUCCAAAUAGACUCAUUACAGAUAACUUUUUAAUUGCUUAUAAGGUUCUUCAUUUUAUGCGUUCCAGGAAGCGUAGGAAAAGGGGAUGGCAGGCUAUUAAACUGGACAUGAGCAAAGCCUUCGAUAGAGUGGAAUGGCCAUAUCUUGUGGCAGUUAUGAAGGCCCUAGGCUUUGCUGAGCGAUGGAUUAGCUUAAUAAUGGGUUGCGUGACCUCAGUCCAGUACAACAUAUUGCUCAAUGGUGUGGAUGUUGGGCAGAUUACCCCUUCUCGAGGGCUGCGGCAGGGUGAUCCCUUGUCGCCUUAUCUGUUUCUCCUAUGUGCUGAAGGCCUUACAGCAAUGAUAAAGGAUGCAGAGAGGAGAAAGAUGCUGCAUGGUGUUAAGAUCUGUAGACAUGCCCCGCAAAUCUCUCACCUUUUGUUUGCUGAUGAUAGCUUUCUUUUCUUGCGGGCUACUGAGUCUGAAGCUAAGCACUUAAGGGAAAUUCUUUGUAAGUUUGAGGCUGCUUCAGGGCAAGUGGUGAAUUUGCACAAAUCCUCUGUUUCUUUUAGCAGUAAUGUGCCAUCUAUCGCACGAGAUCGUGUUACGGGAAUUCUUGGUAUGAAGGAGUUGAGCUCCCCAGGUAGAUAUCUUGGUUUCCCAGCCCAAGUUAGUAGAGCAAAGGCAAGAGCAUUUUCUGAUCUGAAGAGUAAGUUCCGGGCUCGUAUUUGUGAUUGGCGAGAGCAACCCCUUUCAAAGGCUGGGAGAGAGGUUCUCAUCAAGUCAGUUUUACAAGCUCUCCCUAUGUACUUCAUGGGCAUGUUUCUUCUUCCUCGGAGUCUUUGUAUAGAUCUGGAGAGGAUUAUGAAUAGAUACUGGUGGGGUGGGGGUGACGGUCAUUCUAAGAUCCACUGGAUGGAGUGGAGAAAGCUUGCAACUCCAAAGAAGAUGGGAGGUUUGGGGUUCCGAGCUCUUCACGAAUUCAAUUUAGCUAUGCUUGGUAAGCAAGGCUGGCGUUUACUCGUCAACCCGGACUCACUGGUUGCACAAUUGUUGAAGGCUAAAUAUUAUCCCCGGUCAGAUCUCUUGCAUGCGGAGUUGAAGCCCUCCUGUAGCUUUACAUGGCGGAGUAUCUGCUCUGCAACUACCCUUCUAAGACAAGGGUGCAGAAGGUUGAUUGGUGAUGGGCGCUCCAUAGACAUAUGGAAUGAUCCCUGGCUUCCUGGUCACAGCCAGUUUUAUGUUCAAUCACCCCGUCCAGCCGGUUGCGAGCUUCGCCACGUAUGUGAUCUUAUUGAUGCUGAUUCCCACUACUGGAAGAAUGAUUUAAUUCAGGCAACUUUUAAUCCUCAUGAGGCCCAGCUUAUCUUAUCCAUGCCCUUGAGUUGGGUGCGUCGAGAUGAUGGCUGGACAUGGCAGUUUACAAGACAAGGUUCUUAUUCCGUCCGCUCUGGUUAUCACCGUGCAAUGGCCAUGGGUGGGUCUCAUGCAGGCCCCUCCCCGUCCUCCUCAAGCUUCAGGGGUGGUCUUCUUUGGAAUCUUGAUAUCCCUGAGAAGGUUCGCUUGAUGAUUUGGCAAGCUUAUAGGAAUAUUCUCCCCACAAAAGAUAAUCUAAUGCGUCGCCGAGUUGAAGUCGAUCUUGACUGUCCUAUGUGUCGCAUGGAGCAGGAAUCUGUGUUCCAUUGUCUAGUGGCUUGUGCAGCUAGUCGUGCAAUUUGGAUGGGUUGCCCGCUUAAUCUCCGAAUCUCAAACCUUACUGGGGAUAAUUUUGCUAGCUUCCUUGACUAUAUGCUGGACCUCUUGCAACAGGAACAGCUUGAACUCCUGUGUGUGCUCUGCUGGAAAAUCUGGAGUUCCAGGAAUGAUGCUCUGUGGAAUGAUAGAUCCCCCAACCCGCAGCUUAUUAUCGAACAGAGCUUAAGAUUUUUAGAUGAGUAUCGUAGAGUUAUGGCUUUACGAGGUCGAGGACCCUCGGCAUCUCACCGAAUGGAAACGAGAUGGACCCCUCCAGAUGGAGAUCAUGUGAAGAUAAAUGUUGAUGGGGCAGUUUCAGCUCACCAGCGAAUUUAUGGCAUGGGCGCCGUUGCACGGAACAGCUCGGGGGCAGUGGUGGCAGCCAUGUCAUGCAAAGGUCAGGGGACUGUGUGUGCCGAGAUUGCUGAGGCAUGUUGUUUGCGCAAAGCUUUGCAAUGGGCUUGUGAGCUCUCCUUCGAGAAGCUUAGGAACUGUUCUAUCAGAUUGCAAAUUGCUUAUGGCCUCUAUUGAUAAUUGUAAUGUCAAAUUCAUCCGCCGCGUGGGAAAUUCAG